AUGCUCAUAGCAGGAAGGUUUAGGCUAAAGGCUCUUACGAAAAUUUUCAAGUCCUCUCCACGCCGCCACUUUAAUAGGGUCUGGACAGAAAAGAGAGAGACAGGCUUGUGCUCCUGCCUCCCUGGCCGGCGUCAGCGGAGGGUUACCUCGCCCACAGCGCCUCCGCCCGAGAUCCGCAUUCCCGAUGGCGUGGAAGUGUUGUACUUCAAGCUGAACCAGGAGCAGCUCAACACGAGAGUCAAGCGAGCCAUCCUGCACGUGUGGCUAAAACCCAUCACGUCGGAGUUAGAUCGCAUCGUGCCAAUUUCAGUGUUCAAGGUGACAAGGCCUGAAGACCCAGAGGAUUACAUCAUUCUCCAUGAGGUGACGACGGUCUCCGAAUCCGUUGAUGCCCGGGAUGGGAACUGGGUGAAGAUUGGCGUUUAUAAACUACUACAAGAAUGGCUGAACAAUCCCUCAGACAACCUCGGGCUGGUAGUCACUGCAAACGACUCCGAAGGCCGACGGGUAGCAGUCACGAAUCCCGUGGAGAAUCCCUCUAAUGCGCCGUUGCUGGAGAUCCACACGGAAGAGAGCAGAAGGAACCGCAACAGAAGGAACUCCAGCCGAAACCAAUGCACUACCAGCCAGAUCGAGUCCCGCUGCUGUCGGUAUCCACUCCUCGUCAAUUUUGUUGAAUUAGGUUGGGAUUUCAUUGUUGCCCCUAAGGUAUAUGAAGCUAACUUUUGCAAUGGCGAGUGCCCUUAUCUAUACGCCCACAAAUAUGCCCACAGUGCGUUGAUUCAGAAGAUGAAUAGCACCAAUGCCAAGCACGGACCGUGUUGUGGUGCGCGCAAACUCUCUCCGAUGAAAAUGCUGUAUUACGAUCAUGAUCAUAAAAUCAAAUUUGAUACCAUCCAAGACAUGGUUGUAGAUCGUUGCGGAUGUUCUUAAUCUAUUAUUCAUGCUGUGUCCUGCAGUUCGCUUUAAUAUGUUUGUUUUUUUCAAAACUGCCAGCAAAAAAUAUAAAAAAAUAAAAACAAAAAAAAGGUCGACAGGGAGAGAAAUAAGUGUUAUUCAAGCAUACAGUAAUAUUAUUAUUAAAUGGCACCCUAAUCAA